GCAGGCACAAGCAGUGACGAGAGCGGGCAGCAGCUACGACGCCGGGGGCUUGUAAGUCAUGUGCGCCCACGCCGGGUCUGGGCACAAGGGCGCCGGAAAAUGAAGUCAUCUCCGAACAUUCGGUGGAUCGGUGGGAAGAGCGAGUCAACAAAUCCUCGACGCCCUCCACCCCCUCCCACAACAAAUACUUGACCUUCUCCCACUCCUCUUCGCCACCAUUCUUCGCAAAAUCAUGACUGCCGCGCCCCCCCCCGUCGAGAUCGCUAAGCGACUGGCAGCCUUCGCCGCUGUGGACCGCCACAUCGGCCUGGAGCACAAGCUCAUCGGCAUCGGGUCCGGCUCGACCGUCCCCUACGUCGUCGACCGCAUCGUGCAGCAGGGCCCCAAGGCCAACGCCGGCCGCCUCUUCUUCCCCACCGGCUUCCAGAGCAAGGAGCUCAUCCUCCGCGCUGGCCUCGCCCUCGGUGACGUCGACAUGUUCACGCGCCUUGACGUGUGCAUUGACGGUGCGGACGAGGUUGACGCCGACCUCAACGCUAUCAAGGGCGGCGGCGCGUGCCAGCUCCGCGAGAAGGUCCUCGCUGACAUGGCCGACACCUGGGUCAUGGUCGCCGACUACCGCAAGAACUCGACUGUCCUCGGCACCAACUGGAAGCAGGGCGUCCCCAUCGAGGUCGUCCCCUUCGCCUACGUCCAGGUCCUCGCCGCGCUCCAGAAGAUGGGCGGCACCCCCAUCCUUCGCAUGGGCAAGGCCAAGGCCGGCCCCGUCGUCUCGGACAACGGCAUGUUCAUCAUCGACUGCGUCUUCCCCGAGCCGCAGAUGAAGCAGCCUGCCGCCCUGCUCCGCGACAUCAAGCUGCUCACCGGCGUCGUUGAGGUCGGCCUCUUCUGCGGCAUGGCCAAGGCCGCCUACUUCGGCAAUGACGACGGCUCCGUCACCGUCCGCGCGACCGGCGGUGUCACUGAGCAGAUCGCCAGCGUCCCCGACGUGCCUCCGACCUCGGCAUAGUCUGUAUCAUUGGGUCAUGCAAGUUGUGGUGCAUACUGCGGGAACGCCGAGGGAUUUGGAGUGAACACGCAGGGCGGAAGUAGAUUUGCCACCCAGUGAAGCGAGACUGUGCCUGGCAACGAGAGCGUUCCUCGCGAGGAAUGACGCGCGUGAUGCAGCUCACCUUCCCCACACUCGCACUCGUUCACUCCCG